AUGGGGAUGAUGAUGCAUGGUGACUAUGAUAGUGUUUCCUGUCGCAGUGAUGGCAAUGACUGCGAUAACGAAGACACUGGAAGCCAUUGUGGCCUUUCACUACAGAAGCUGAAUUUAGGACCAAGAAAGAAGCUUCUUGUUUUCAAUCUCCAUGGGUGUUUAAUCAACAGGGUUUACCGGCACGACAGUCAGGCCAGAAUUCCAAGUGAUCGUAGUCCUGAUGGCAGAUAUGGAAAUCAUCUAGUUUUUAAAAGACCUUUUGCAGAGGGGUUCAUGCAAUUCUGUUUUGAAAGAUUUGAAAUUGGCAAUAUAGUCUUCUGCCCAAGAGAAAAUGUUGAUGAUAUCUCGGAGUGUAUGAUGGGAAGACUGAGAAACAGGCUGUCAUUUGUUUGGGAUCAAGUUGAAUGCACUGAAACCGGGUUCAAGUUGGUAGAGAAUAGAUCGAAGCCCUUGUUUCUUAAAGAACUGAAGGAAUUGUGGAAAUAUCUUGAUUGGCAGUAUUCUGAAUCCGACACACUGUUGAUUGAUGGUAAGUAG